AUGGCAGAAAAGGCAGAAAAAGCUCGCGUUCUCCUCGUGGGCAGCGGCGGUAUAGGCACUAUGACGGCCGUGAACCUGGAAAAGGGCGGGUUGGCCACGGUGGCGGCGGUGCUGCGGUCGAACUACAAGGUGGUCAACGAUGCGGGAUUCACCAUCGACUCGUGCGAUCACGGCAAGUUCAGUGGGUGGAAACCCUCCGAGAUCCUGUCCCAGGUGCCAGACGUAACAGCGCCAUCAUCACCGACCAAGCCUUUCGACUAUGUCAUUGUCACUACAAAGAAUAUCCCUGAUGUCCCGCCGACCGUGGCCGAUUUGAUCCGCCCGGCAGUGACCCCGGGCCACACGGUCAUUGUGCUCAUCCAGAAUGGACUGAAUAUUGAGAAGCCAUUGCUGGAGGCGUUCCCGACCAACGUUUGUCUAUCGGGGGUGUCGUUGAUGGGUGCCGACGAGCUGAGUCCAGGCCACAUCCUCCAAAACGACGUCGACAGGCUGUUCAUUGGUCCAUUCCUGUCGGCUAACAUAGAUGAGCAGACGCAGGUUACUGCGGCACAGGAAUUUGUACGCAUCUACUCCGCUUCAGGCAAGGUCGAGUGCUCGUAUCAGCCGGACGUGCUGUUUGUGCGUUGGAGGAAGCUCAUGUACAAUGCCGUGUGGAAUCCCAUCUGUGCCCUGACGGGAUUGGACACCACGCGUUAUCGACUCGCUUCCGACGCACAGGACCCCGCCAACCCCCUCGACUUGCUGGUGAGGCCAGCCAUGAAUGAGAUCCGCGCGGCGGCCAAAGCUGCGGCCAAUGUCGACCUGCCCGAAUCACUGGUGGAGGCCAUGGUGGAGUGUGACCCCAUGGAAAUAUUCUGUGCUCCAAGUAUGUUGCAGGAUCGGCGGAAGGGCCGCUUCAUCGAAUACGAGAACAUCUUGGGCGAGGCACUAAGAGAGGGCGAGAAGGCAGGGGUUGCGAUGCCAACGAUCAAGUGCCUGUACGGUCUAUGCAAGGCAGUUCAGUGGCGGACCAUGGAGCUAAACGGCUUGGUCGAUGCCCAGAAGUUGCUUGAGGCCAGAACAGCAGCCACCUAG